UUUAUAAAAUACUAUUAUUCUAUUUCUAAUUUCCGUAUGUAUGAGUAUUAUUUAUUUUCCCUAAAUAAAAAAAAAUAACUAUUUAUAUUUUAUAAAUAAUUUAAUUUGGUUGAAUUGUAUACUUUGUUCUAUAGUAAUGUUUAGAGUAAUAACUAGCAAUGAAUUGGAGAUAAUUUUUCCUUUUCAGCAUAGUUGCUAAAAUAUUCAUGGAUACAUCACUAAACCAUUUUUUUAAUACACCAUGUAUAAUUUCUUGUCAUUUAAAAAAAUUAAUAAACGGACAUCGUUUUCACUAGCUAAUAUUUAGUGCAUAUGCAUUAGAUCACGAGCUUUUUUUGGUAAACAUGUUAAAAAUUAGAUCACGAACUUAACUUUCGCUUUCCUCUUCUAGGUGAUUUGUUUAUUAUUUUUCCCAUACUAUACUAAUUCUUAUAUAAAACAUAAAAAUUAUGCGUUAAAACUGAAUACAUUUCCCGAAGAUAUAAAAGACAUGUAAGGUGUUAAAAAAAGAGAGUAGAGGCUGCUCUGCCGUAGUGCCUUUUAGGUAAGCUCAUACGAAAGCGUUGUAAUUAAUAUUGCUGAUAGCUCUGAUCUCACUAAUCCCUGAAAUCCCUCGUUUACCAUAUAAUGAGUUUAUCCAAUUCUUCUUCUCCCACGUCACUCUUACAGCGUUUAUAACCUUCUUACCUACAUUAAUUUCCUUAUAUAAUAGACAGGAAAACGGCCAAGUCCAAUCUCAACAUUGCUUCAUAGUCAAUCCAAACAUAUAUUUAGUAGUUACUAGUAAGUGCCUAUGCUAAAAAAUAGUCAACGUAUGAAAACUAUUUGUUACGUAUUGAAUACAAUGUUGAAGUCAGAACUGGCCACUAUCUUACCAUUACCAUGGACACAUGCGUCACCAAGAUUAUUUUAACACCCAUGGUUUCUAAUAGAUUCACAAGGCAUUUCUACACUUUUUGCAGAAUAUGAUCGGUCAUAAUAAAAAACAGUCUUUUGUUUUACUUAAUUAAGUCGGUGACUUUGAUGCCAUGCAACUGAAGAAAAAUCCUGGUAACCUAUGGCCCGGGGAUAACUCUUGUCCACCUGAAAUAGAUAUAAAUAUCUCCGCCACAAAAUUCCAACUUUGACAACUUAUGUUUAGCUCAUACCAAACCAGGAAAUCUCGACACGUCCUCCAUGCACAUGCACAACCUCCUUUCCAAAAAAAAAACAUGGUUAAUCUUCUACAUGUGCGUUUAUAAUCUAUAACAUCUAUAUAAAGGCACUCAAUCUAAGAAAAGUUGGUCGUGUUACAUCAAUACAGACAACAACAACAACCUCAAUCAACGUAAACUAUACUAAGAAAAUAAGAUUAGAUGAGAUGAUUAGUAAUUAAAGUCCUGGACUAAAAAGCAAAAUGGUGGAAGUCGAAGAAUUAGAACCACUUACCCCAGUUGAAGAGGAAGAAGAAGAAGUCAUAAGCUAUGAUGAUCUCAAACGACGCAUGUGGAAAGACCGAAACCUCAUGGAGAAGCUCAAGCAACAAAAAAGACACAGCAACGACGUCGUUUCCUUGGCAUCGCACCGAGCAGAAGCUUCACGGCGCAAGAAGAUGGCACGUUCACAAGACUCGGUGUUGAAGUACAUGAUGAAGAUCAUGGAGGUGUGUAAAGCGAAAGGGUUUGUCUACGGUAUCGUACCGGACAAGGGUAAACCGAUAACCGGUUCUUCAGACAGCUUAAGACGUUGGUGGAAAGAAACCGUUCAGUUCGACCAAACCGCUCCAAACGCCGUCUCCGAUUACUUAACAAUCGCAGCUGCUGCUGCGGCAGAGAUGAUCGAGAAAGAACCGUCGAGUCUAUUACACAUGCUUCAAGAGUUACAAGACACGACUCUAGGGUCGUUACUAUCAGCGUUAAUGCAACACUGCGUCCCACCACAACGGCGGUUUCCGUUAGAGAAAGGCAUCGCGCCGCCGUGGUGGCCGACGGGGACCGAGCUUUGCUGGGGAGAGCAAGGAGAGGCUCACGAGCACGGUGUGCCGCCGUAUCGAAAGCCGCACGAUUUGAGAAAGUCUUGGAAAGUUAGCGUUCUGGCGGCUGUGAUUAAACACAUGUCGCCAGAUUUAGGGAGAGUGAGACGUCUCGCGACGCAGUCGAAAUGUUUACAAGAUAAGAUGAUGGCUAAAGAGACCGAUACUUGGUCUCGUGUGUUAAACCAAGAAGAGGCGCUUCUUAAUAUCAAAGACCGCAAGAUCUCAGAUCAAGAUCAAGAAGCUUCGGGGUCCAAGACCAAGAGAAAAUGUGAUUUUAUGGAACCCUCUAAGCGUCCUAGGAGUGAUGUGACACAAGAACCGAGACAGAUCACGGGAGAUAUGAUAUCUAUGCUUGUAACGUCCCCAAGUAUUGGUACUAAUACGACUAGUGAAGAUGAUUACAGUGUAAGCUCGAGCGCAAUGGGCAAGCCAGAUGAUUAUGAUAGCAACUGGAUGGAUUAUUUAUGGUUCGAGAGGAUGCAACCCGAGUUUAAUUCCUCUAGGAGAUUCGAUGAUGACGAGGAUAAUCCGAUGGUUUUGAACCAAUCCACUGAGUCUAAUCAAUCUGAUAACGUUAGUCAGAGUAUCUUUUCAGUUUGGGAUAUGGGUUGUGAAGACAAAGACAUAUAUAUGUUCGAUUAUUAAUCAAGCAUGUCACCUUGUGUGCUUUGAGUGUACCCAAGUCAGAACAUUUCCGUACUUGUGUACUCUCUAGUUAGCUCUAUCCCCCACCAAUACAAUUGAAUAAUUCAUAAGUCAAGCUUUACUAAUUAAGUAAUAUUAUUAAUUAGAAUCACUAGUUAAACCGUUUUGUCUUUCCCUCCACUCGUUCCAAUUAGUUUUUGAGAUGUAGCAUGUGAAUUAUAUUAUUUGUUCUUGGAUAAUAGACGAAGACAAGGAUAUAUGGAAGAGGUCCGUUAAACGUUGAACAGAAAUGGAUCUUAAGAACUUAAGCCUUAUAGAGCCUAAUCAGACCGACUCGGACCCAUAGAAAAACCAUGACAACCUCUAUGCGUUGUGGAUAAAUACAAAGGAACUACGAAUACAAAAGGGCAGAGAGGGCCACGUCUCCGUUACAAAUUAGACGGUAGGCUUCUUCGCCAUGAAGCAAAGAAGAGAAGAAGAACACACAAGCACACUCGCUACAAUUCUCUCUCGACGAAGAAAAGUAAACAGAAGCUUAAAAGGCUAAUAAAGGAAGGCACAGAAGAGAAGAAGUUAUACUUAUCACCGGCGGAGAAGCUGUAGAGCUUGCCGGAGGAGGAGACAACGAGAAGCGCGACGGAUGCAUCGCAGAGAACAGAAAGCUGACGAGCUUUCUCAAUGAGACCGCUGCGUCGUUUGGAGAAGGUGACUUGUCGGCUACUUUUGUUCUCAAUUCGCUUGAUUUCUAGUUUUUUUCUUCCCAUGGUUUCUGUCUCCAAGUGGUCUCUGUGCCCUAAUUUGAUCCAGAGGUUCGGUUCAA